CUUUUGAGUGUCGCGAUGGGAGAAAUAAAAGUGGGAAGUGAUGAACAAUAGAGCUGGCUGUUUCCGGGAGGCGCCAGCAUUCCCAAGCAACUUUCGUGGUCUUGUUGUGCAUAGCGAUAGUCAGCCAAGCACACAGCUCAUUGUUGCCGCACACAGCCCAUCCAGUUCACACUAGCAGCUGGUUUUGUGUCAUAGGAGAGUUUUAGGCGAGAUCACCGAAGAGGGAGAAUCAAACUGCCGGAGUCCUGUUGUCAAAUGAUUUGCAUAAGGACUUCCGCCUCCUGAAUUUAGUUUCUGCAUCAACUGGCAAAGGCAGUGGGCAGACCUGAGCCCUCAUGUCAGACGCAGUCAUGCGGACUUGACAUUUAAACUCGGUUAAUAUUUGGACAUGAACGGCACACGCGUGUAUUUCGGAUGGCCCCGAUGGAUUUGGAUUAAACGGCACACUGGGAUCUGAUACUUUCAUUCACAGAGGCGUUUACUAUGCUGUAUAUCUGCCGGCUCUGUGGUGGAUAUACAGUGACUAUUUGCUGUUACUUCUAGUGUAGAACUGGAAUAUUGCAUUGGACUCAUUGUGGUAUUCUGUAGCAGGAAAACGCGCGUUUUCAUCUCCUCUCAAACUGGGGAUUCCUCGUCUGUUUUCACAUGUCUGUUUGGAUCCUAAAGUAGGAUACAGCCAGAUCCUCCAACCCAGUCCAGGAUCUGAUGUCUGUGCUCUGAUGUCUAUUUCAAUGUGCCAUAUUAGAAGAGUUGACCAUCUCUUUUGGAUUGAGUUUUACCUCGCGAUCUUCUUUUGACGUCUUGGACAAGUUGGAUGCAUUUUUUUUUUUUUAGCUUAGAUUACUUCUUUUUUGGCUACGUUUUUACAGGUUGGAUCUUCUCGUUUAUUUCGGCGGUCCUGUUGCUGCGCGGACUCGUCAUCUCUGCGGUAUUGGGCUUAGAGAGUUCAUACACGAGUCAUUUAUCGAACCGAGUCACUCCUGAUCCAGCAGCAGCAGCAGCUGUUGCUCCUACAGACCCGUGUUUGACAGUCAUCCCUCCAUGUAUGAAUGAAGCCGACCGCUUCAGUUUAGAGGCGCUUCGGCACAUUCACAAGCAGCUAGAUGACGACAACGAUGGAGGAAUUGAAGUGAAUGAGAGUGUAGAGUUUAUCAUAGAGGACAUGAAGCAGCAGCAGACAAAUAAACACAGUAAUCUUCACCGAGAGGACCAGCACAUCACGGUGGAGGAGCUGUGGAGGGGCUGGAAAAUAUCAGAAGUGCACAACUGGACACUGGAGGAUGCAGUUCAGUGGCUGAAAGUGUCGGUGGAGUUUCCUCAGUACGAAAAAAACUUCAGAGAUUUUAAAGUAGAUGGCAAUACGCUACCUCGAAUAGCGGCCAAUGAACCGUCGUUUAUGUCAAUGCAGCUAAAGAUAUUAGACCAACGACAUAAACAGAAAUUAAAUCUAAAAGCAUUGGACGCAGUGCUUUUUGGACCUCCACUACGUCCUCACCAUCACUGGCUGAAGGACUUUGUUUUGAUGAUUUCAAUCAUCAUUGGUGUGGGAGGCUGCUGGUUUGCAUACAUACAGAACAAAUCAUCUAGAAUUCACAUCUCCCGGAUGAUGAAAGAUCUGGAGAGUCUACAGAAUGCUGAACAGAGCCUGAUAGAGCUACAGAGCCGGCUGGAAAAAGCUCAGGAGGAGAACCGGACGGUGGCGGUGGAGAAGCAGAACCUGGAGCAGAAGAUGCGUGACGAGAUCAACGGAGCAAAGAGAGAAGCCAGCAGACUGCGAGAGCUGCGAGAGGGGGCUGAAUGUGAACUCAGCAGACUCAAGUACGCAGAGGAGGAACUAGUGCAGGUGCGAAUGGCACUGAAGAGAGCAGAGAAAGAGAUGCAGUCAGAUUGGUCGGUGCCAGAAGCCCUGCAGAUGUGGCUUCAGCUCACACAUGAGGUGGAACUGCAGUACUACAACAUUAAAAAACAGAAUGCCGAGCUGCAGCUCACGGUCGCAAAGGACGAGGCAGAAAAGAUCAAGAAGAAGAGGAACUCUGUGUUUGGUACCCUCCAUGUUGCACACAGCUCAUCGCUGGAUGAAGUAGACCACAAAAUACUUGAGGCUAAAAAAGCUCUAUCAGAGGUCACAGCCUGUUUGCGUGAACGUCUUCACCGCUGGCAGCAAAUAGAGAAGUUAUGUGGCUUUCCAGUGGUUCAUAACUCUGGGCUGCCCAGCCUCACCGCCUCCCUGUACGCCGACCACAGCUGGGUGGUCAUGCCGCGGAUGUCAGUGCCACCCUACCCAAUCGCUGGCGGGGUGGACGAUCUCGAUGAGGACACACCACCAAUCAUUCCACAGUUCACCUCUCCUUUGAUUCGACCUCCUCUGACCCGCAACAGCAGUGUUUGUCGUUCCCGCAGAAGUCUUCUGUCUCAGCCCUCGUCCCUUUCUCCUGACCCUGACCUGUUGUCUAUGGCCUCGGGCCCACUGGCCUACAGACCCGAGGGAGACGAUGAUCACAUCUUCUUCACUGUCGAAAGGAAAGGGGAUCUUCAGGACACAUGCUCAGAUUCAGAUUCUCUCAGUUCCUCUUUGGGCAGGAAACAGUUCUCCGGUCCCUCUGUUCAAAGUACAUGUGCUACAGGAAUGGAGACCCCACCACUUAAAAUCUCUCGUGAGGAACUUUUUCUUCUGGCGCAGGAGGCCCAGGCUAUCGCCAUGGAGACCUUACCUUCUUCCACAUCCUCCCCUUCAUCUCCUCUUGACUCCUCCUCCAUUCACAAGGGCUCUCCUGACCUUACCCGCUCUUCUGUCCUCCCAGAAUCUCAAAGCUUAACCUUUCAUCCUGGCACCAAAGCUGUGGCCUAUAAUGGAAUUCUGGAAAAGUCAUACAGCAUGGGGAAGCUGCCCGCUAGUGGGACGCCUCCAGAGGGACAUUACCCCUCCAUUAGCUCCAUCGACAUAGAAAGCAAAUCUAUCAAGGAGCCCAAGCAACUCCAACCCACCUCCUCCCAGGACUUUUGCGACAACGGAGAGAAAAAACGCUCCAAGAUCAAGAGCUUGUUCAAGAAAAGCAAAAAGCUGUGAGGAACAGUAGAGAAGAGGAAGAAAUGGAGAGAAAAAGAAGCCUUAAAAUAAAAUAAAUGAGGGUCAACCAGAAGCCAAAACAUUUUUCAGUUUCUUUGUCAUUUUUUAUUUUAAUUUUAAUUUUAAAUGGAAUGUAGCUUCAUCUGGGUACAGUCGUAGGUUGGAAGCCUUUUUAUGGUGAUUUUUUAGCCUCACACGUAUGCCUUUGAAGGCCAAAAAAUGUCAUGUUAGCAUUUUGCAGAACAUGACCUCUUCACUGUCUUCUGUUAAGUCUCCAUUUUCUAUAAUGUGCACCCUAAUGAUGUCACCAGGAAUGGUUCAGGAAAACAGAAUAAAACAGAAACAGAAUAAAAAGAACAGUCCAAUAUUAGCCAAAUCUCCAAAUUGUAAAAAAAAUAGACUUUACUGCAAAUAUGUCUUAAAGGGAGGGUUCAACCACCAGUGAAAAUUCUGUCAUUUACUUUCCCUCAUGCCACUCCUAUUCUGUAUGCAGUAGUUUUUUAUUUAUUCAUUUUUUUUAAUGGGGCACAAAAUAAUUUUUUGAGGAACUGUUACACAGUUCUUGCAAUACAACCAAGGUUCAUAGUGACCAAGGGCUGUUAAUCUAAAAAAAACACCAAAAAGCAACGUAAUAGUAGUUAUACAACUCAUGUGCUAUAUUUCAAGUAUUCUGUACAUCUGCAUUUUGUUUUUUCUGUUGGCCUAAGUACAAAUGCAUCAAAUGGAUGUGUUUGACUGUUGCACCGUGUCUCACUGUUUAAUUUACAGGAGUGACAACUGCAUUUUAAAACUGAAAUGACCCCCGAAAAGUGACAACCACAUUUACAAAAACUCCAAACACAUUAUCUUGAAAAUAAGCCACAUAUCAAAAUAUAGCGACUUGCACCUGCCUCUUUUAUUAACUCUGGAUUGCUUGAACUGGAUCGCUUUUUGAGCCGAUACCAAAAAUGCUUGAUACCAAACACACAAGACGGCAAAACUUUGCUAUGGUUACCAUGGCGUCAUGGUUUUGAGAGUGAGUUCUGUUCCAUACACACACAACACUGUAAUUGAGGGGAUGCGCUCCCUAUUUAAAUGCAGUUGUCACUCCUGAAACUUUACAGUGUGUAUGUGGCCAUUGGCAUAAUCAAACCAUAAGGCAUCAUAUUUUGUCAUUAUAUAAAGACUCGCUGACCAAAUUAAUAA